AUGGCUCCUCACGCGACUACACCACCACCGAUCCCACACAGUCAACCGAUUCAUCCCAUCACAGUCUUCGCUUCUUCUCGGGCAGUAGUUGCUGGCCGCCUCACUGAAGCCACCAUAGUUGUAUCGAACACUACUGGCAAGGUCACAUCAAUCUUCCAUUCCAUACUACCGCCUUCCGAUUUCCCUGAAGGAACUUCAUACACUGACUACUCGCCUUACGUUCUACUGCCCGGUCUUGUCGAUGCCCAUGUACAUCUCAAUGAGCCUGGCCGGACAGAAUGGGAAGGCUUCUGGACUGGUACCCGAGCUGCUGCCUUCGGCGGUGUCACAACAGUUGUCGACAUGCCGCUGAAUGCUAUUCCUCCGACUACCACUUUGGAGAACCUGGAAAUCAAAUGUGAUGCUGCCAAAGGCAAGUGCUGGGUUGAUGUUGGCUUCUAUGGAGGUGUGAUUCCCGGCAACUCUGGCGACCUAAAGGAUUUGGUCAAGGGAGGUGUUCGCGGCUUCAAGGGCUUCUUGUGUGAUAGUGGAGUCGAAGAAUUCCCCGCAGUAUCAUCCCUGGACAUUGAAAAAGCCCUCAUCGAACUCAAAGACUCGGCAACCACGCUAAUGUUCCACGCCGAAAUGAUCCCACCCAUUGCCGACUCCGUUGGUGACGAUAUCCAGCGCUCUCACCCACCCCUCGCACCCAAAGGACCACUAACAUCCUACUCCACUUUCCUUGAGUCACGGCCCCCAUCGUUCGAAACAUGCGCUGUCGCUGAGAUCCUCUCGUUAGCACAUUUGGCUCCGGAAUUACAACUCCACAUCGUGCAUCUUUCCGCUAUCGAAGCGAUCCCCAUGCUCCGUGAGGCCCGCGCCAAGGGUAUCAAGAUUACUGCUGAGACGUGUUUCCACUACCUGGCACUAGCUGCUGAGGGUAUCCAGGAGGGCGACACACGGCACAAGUGCUGCCCCCCGAUCCGUUCGCAAUCAAACCAAGACGGCCUCUGGGAUGAGCUCCUACAAGACGAAGCCGACGGCGUUAUCAAGACGGUCGUUUCUGACCAUUCACCCUGUACACCCGAGAUCAAGCUUCUUCCCGCCCACCUUGCGCCUAAGAAGCCAUCAACACGUAAAGAAGGCCACUCUAAGGACUGCGACUCCUGCGAGUCGAGUGAGGGCGAGAUGGAGGGACCGGAAGAAAAAGGCGAUUUCUUCAGCGCGUGGGGUGGUAUUUCAAGUGUUGGCCUGGGUCUGCCCAUUUUGUGGACGGAAGGCACGAAGCGCAAUGCUGAAUUCAGCGUUGAGGAGAUCGUGAGGUGGUGUUGCAAGAACACCGCGAAACAAGUCGGGUUGGAAAAGAGCAAAGGUGACCUUGGUGUUGGUUUUGAUGCUGACAUUGUUGUCUUUGACGAUACUGCUGAGUUCAUGGUCGAGCCAAGCACCAUGCUCUUCCGCAACAAAGUCUCGCCCUACGAGAACAAAACCCUCAAGGGCGUUGUCCGCGAGACUUGGCUCAGGGGCCAGCAGAUCUUUUCGCGCGAAGACGGCUUUACUGAAAAGACUGGACCGCAGGGCAAGUUGUUACUUGAGCCUAGGAAGAUGAGCAAUUAA